AAAUAAAAAAUAAACUUCCGGCUAGGCAGAACCGACCGGAAAGUAAAUCGGCUUUCCGCUUCCUGUCAAGAGAACCGCUCUACUACAUCGUAUCAUAAUGCCAAAAUCAAAGGAAGUUCUGUCUUCCACAUCUGGAAGUGACUCGGACAGUGAAGUAGAGACCAAGGCAAAGAGAAAGAAGUCAAGCGCACCGGAGAAACCAGCCAAGAAACCAAAGAGCGGAGAGAGUUCCAAGCCAGGCGGCUCAUCCAAGAGCAGCAGUAACAGUGACGACAACAUGUUUCAGAUUGGAAAGAUGAGAUAUGUCAGCGUCAGGGACUUCAAAGGUAAAGUCCUGAUUGACAUCAGAGAGUACUGGAUGAACCAAGACGGGGAGAUGAAGCCAGGGAAAAAAGGUAUCUCCCUGAACCCUGAACAGUGGAACCAACUGAAGGACCAGAUUUCAGAAAUCGAUGACGCCAUUAAGAGAAUAUAAGCAUUCGUUUAAUGUUAUCUGCUGAGACAAUUGAACAUGUUGGCUAAUCAGUUUUGUAAAAACCCUGGGAUUGUUUUCUAAUUGAUUUUAAUUUGUAGUUGUAUAGAUCUAGUGUCGUCUGCAUACUUUGGUUUUUCUGUGUGACACUUGUUGUAGUAAAGGUCUGGGUGGAUGAGAAGGAGGGUGAUUAUUACAGUCGGUGGGUAGGGUGUAUCAAUACAGUGAUGUUUUUGUAUUGAAUAAUAAAAACAAGGCACUAGCUUAAUGUUGUUUAAUGUGUAAGUUCAUGUUUGACUAUCAUGUACAUAUAAAUGAUUAGACUUAGUUCCAUCUGACCGUUGUAAUAUGUAUCACCCAGUAUCUUCAUUUCAGUAAGCCGAGCCGAGUGUGUCGUGUUGUACCUGCAGGUUUUUAGUUUCAUGGGUAGAACCAUGGGUUAGGUUUUGAAAAUAAAUGAUACUAUUAAACCAA